CCAGUGCUCUAGUUUCCCCGUUUCUCUCAAACAGAUGCUACUGCUGGGUCAGUGUUAUACCGUCUAUUAAUAAUAACAGAGUCAAAACAGCCACAGCGAGUAGAAGAGAGGGGGAAUCCGCAUCACCAUUUCUCCUUUUCUCUUCAGGAAUAAACCAGCGCGCAAAUGAUGUGACAUAACCCCGCCUUAACUUUCGACAAACGCUUUCUAGACACCUUUUUUAUUCCUCUUUUACGACCUUUUUCCCCCCAGGUGCUGUUGUCUCGUUCACCUUUCACACUGCUUGCAGACAGUCACUGGCUCUGCUUGUGCACUUUAUUGCGGGUCAUCCAUCUGCUCGGGCGGCUGCGGCUUGUUGGUAAACACGAAUCGGAUCCUGCAGGCAAGGACUCCCUCUGGUGCAUUGAUGCACCCGUUUCAGUGGUGUAACGGGUGCUUCUGUGGUCUGGGACUGGUUUACUCCAACAAGUCGUGCACCAUGCCGCCCAUCACCUUCCAGGACCUGCCUCUCAACAUCUACAUGGUCAUCUUUGGGACAGGCAUCUUUGUCUUCAUCCUGAGCCUCAUCUUCUGUUGUUACUUCAUCAGCAAACUACGACACCAAGCCCAGAGUGAGCGGUUUGGAUACAGAGAGGUGGUUUUAAAAGGAGAUCCAAAAAAGUUGAGUCUUCAUGGGCAGACGUGCGCCGUGUGUCUCGAGGACUUCAAAGUGAAAGACGAGCUGGGAGUGUUGCCAUGCCAACAUGCUUUCCACAGGAAGUGUCUGGUAAAGUGGCUGGAGGUGCGCUGCGUCUGCCCCAUGUGCAACAAACCCAUAGCCGGCCCCCCUGAGCAGCACCACAGCAUAGGGACUCUUCUGGAUGAACUAGUGUAACCUCUCGCCCCUGCCAGCCUGGGUGGGACGCCAGUGCCCGGCCAAACCAGCUGGUAUAAGUUAGCGACCAACAGUUGGACAGUGUUUUGCUGUUAAAACACAGCAAAACACCAAGAUGAUGAUAGUAAGUUGGGGUAACCUAGUUACCACCCAGAAAAAGACUAUGAAGGAUGUUGUUGCCUAGCAACCAUCUCUGAGAUGGCAACACGACACCUUGUAGUGUCUGAGAGAUUAUCUCUAGCCACCCACACAUCACUCCACCACUCUUCUUUCAACAUUCCCCUCUCCACCCAUUCUGUCACAUCUUCUCUUGUUGCCUCGAGUGAGGUUAAUGGCACCACUGAAGUGGAGGAGACACAGUUGUGUUUUUCACAGCGAUGUGGAAAAGUGAGUGUUGAAGGGUGACGUGCCGGGUAGGCGGCACUGAUCCCCUCUGAGCAUGUAUGAGUGCUGUAUGUCGUGGUGGUCACUGAUAUGAGGUUAUUAAAACUCUUGUUAAAUUCUUUCAAAGUUUUGAGACAACGCCAUAUAGACAAAUUGAUAUUUUCUGCUCAACAUCCCUGGCAUUAGCACAAGAACAUGUCAACAGAAGUUACAAUACAGUAAAUUCUAGCGUUUAUAAAAACAAGGGUUUAACAAAAAAUGUCUGACGCUGUCUAGAACCAAAGGCCAGAAGAGAAUAUACAAUACUGUGGUGAAGACGUAGACAGGGUGUAUUAAAACUGCUUUCAAGGAAAUAAAAAGCUUUUUUAAAAGAUUUGACCUGAGAUUAUUAAUUGAAGUCACACUUGUUAAAAAAAUGAUGGAUUCAUGCCGCAUCAGUAGGAACUAAAUUAUUCAUAUUACUUAGAAGAAGCAGCAGAUUCAUCAGUGUUUUCAUCUUUCUCACAAACCAGUUGAUUUUUUGCUGAUAGGUUGAACUGAUACUGAUCCAUAUUGGUGCCCACCUCUACAGUGAUAUCAUGUAUGUCCAUGCUCCAGCUGUUUUUUCCACUGGGAUGUUUUGUUGUUCAGACAUGUUUUUAUUGUGUUAAUAUAGAUGGAAGGAACUGACACCUCCUGCCUCUCGCUGUUAACAGUUUGGUUCUUUGUUGAAAUAUGUUGAAGAUUUCUUUUAGAUAUUGCACUUUGAAUUCACUUUGUACUUCUAAAAUGUUAGACUAAGGUUUGGAUGCAGCACAGCCGGUCCUUUGUUUUCAGGUGUGGUGAAUCUUUUAUAAAAGCCUAUGAAGUAUCAGAGAUGCUGCUUCAACUGAAGAUAAGGGAAGCCGCAGUUCAGACCCUCGGUGUUGUUCUAUGAAUUAUUCCAGGAAGCAACUAAAUCUCACUUUCAUACGCAGUAUCUUUUGUGGCAUUAUUGCUGGUGAUUCUGUUUAGCAUUCCUCAGUCGUAGGUGUUUUUUUUUUGUGAUUUACAGUGAUUCAGAAAGCAAAACACUGCCUAACUUGAGCACAAAACUCACAAAGCACAUUGUCCAGAUACAGAAGGCGCAGUUGAAGUCACAUGAGUCUGUGUGUCAAGAAAAGAAGAAGAAAUGUCUAUCCUGUUGCAUUUUCAACACAUGAGGAAGAGAAAUGUUCACUCUGAUUCUGGCCACAUUCCACAUUUUGUAAUCCAACAGAUGUAAAUAACUUAAUAAAUACAGUCGUCUGUUUUGCUCA